AUGAAGUUUGAUCUCAAGAAGGCCUAUGAUACAUUGAACUGGCAAUUUCUGCAGCAAAUGAUGGAAGGUGUGGGCUUUCCUGCUGAGUUUGUUCAACUCAUUAUGACCUGUGUGACUACUCCUAGGUUUUCAAUCAUGGUUAAUGGGGCUCUCUCAUACUUGUUUGGUGCCAAGAGGGGUCUAAGACAAGGAGACCCUAUGUCUCCUUUACUAUCCAUUUACACCUUGUUGCAAGGUGUUCAACUGUUUUCUAAUGUCUCUGGAUUGGAGGUUAAUAGAAGUAAGUCUGAGGUGUAUUAUGCUGGGAUCUGUGAGGAGGUUAUUCAGAGAGUAAAGGAGGUUAGUGGUUUUCAAACUGGUAAGAUGCCUUUUAAAUACCUAGGAGUACCUAUUGCUACUAAUAAAUUAAAGGCUAGUGAUUGUCAAUCCAUAAUUGAAAAAAUGGUCACUAGGAUUAAAGUUUGGAGUACCAGGAAUAUGUCGUUUGCUGCUAGAUGUCAGCUUGUUAACAGUGUCUUAAUGAGUCUUCACACCUAUUGGGGUCAACUAUUCCUCAUCCCAAGAAGUGUGCUUAAUGAAGUUAACAGCAUUUGUAGUUGUUUCUUGUGGAGAGGCACUCACAAUGAUACUAGACCUGGCUCUGUAAACUGGGAGAAGCUUUGUAAGCCUAAGACAGCUGGAGGUUUAGGGUUGAGAAGCACUAUUAACUGGAACAUUGCUGCUGUGGGGAAGCUUGCUUGGUGUAUUGCAAAUAAGCAGGAUAAUAUGUGGGUUAAGUGGGUGAAUGAGAUUUAUAUUAAAGAGCAACAGUGGAGUCACUACAUGGCUCCUGCUACAGCAAGUUGGGCUUGGAAAUACAUUUGCCAAGCAAAGAAUGAGAUGAGUGAGAAGCUAGGAGAAGAUCAGUGGCUGCAUGAUGUAAAAUUCAGUAUCAAGAAAUACUACACAGCUCUGAAUGGCUGUGACAUUAGAGUUCCUUGGUGCUCUUAUGUCUGGAACAGAAUGUCUCAGCCUAAACAUAGCAGCCAGUGUAUUGAGAAAGUUAUGAGAUGGCUUGGGGUGUCUUGGAAGGCUAGGAAUGUGCAUCAGAUGUGUAGAUGGAUCAGGGGCAGAUACAAAGGCUCUAGUUUUCAGAAGAGGGUGGUGUUGGCUGCUCUUGCUGCAACUGUCUACACCAUAUGGAGAAUUCGAAAUACAGCUUAUUGGGAUGGAGUUGUGAUGAUGAUUAGUAAGGCUGUUCAGAAUGUUCAAAGCAGUGUGAAAGGAAGAGUUUUGCAGUUAAUGACUGAUAAGGUUAAGGAUAGAGAUCGACUAUGGAUUGAGCAUGUAUAA